AUGGAGUCUUCCAAGACCUUCAUGAGACAGAUGCCGAUCACACCAGGCUACAGUGGCUUCGUGCCCUACCUGAGCUGCCAGGGCACCUCCAGCGAGGACAACAUGGCCCACUGUCUGAAAAUCUUCCAGGAGAACACACAGCGGUAUAAAGACCGGCUGGAGGAAUUCCACUGCUCUGUGGCCGCUGCCGCAAACCUGAAACCUGUCCGCUCGGAAGGGACGGUCCUGCGGACACUGCACCAGUAUUACAGGCAGUUCCAUCCCUUGAGUCUGGAAUGCAAGAACAUAAAGAAACCUCUCCAUGAGCCCCCCAUCCCCGGCUGGGCAGGCUACCUGCCAAGAGCCAGGGUCACUGAAUUAGGCUGCGCCACGCGGUACACCGUCAUGGCCAGAAACUGCUACAAGGACUUCCUGGACCUCAUGGAGCGGGCCAAACAAGCACAUCUGAAACCAUAUGAGGAAAUAUAUGGAGUUAAGUCCACACCACCUCCUCCUACUCCUCCUCGAAAAGUUUUGUUGCAUGAAGGGCUGCUGCCAAAAUAUCCGGAUUUCUCUAUUCCAGGUGCGAGGUGUCCUACCCUCAGCCGAGCCUUGAUGGAGGACCCCAGGCCCCUGAUGACGUGUGACUGUACUCAGAGGCCAAGUGUUUGGUGCGGCGGGAAGAUUUAUCUAGAGCCGUUGUCUGCAGGAAAGGACAUGGAAGGGUAG